GAGCAAUUUCGGCUGUCAUAAUAAUUAAAAUAAGAUAUUCAUCCGCAAACUUUGUUGACAUAAAAUCUCAUAGAGUGCAGCCAAUAAGAGGUUCAAAAACCUCUGAGCUGGCACCACGGGUGCAGGCCUCGCGGUUCGUCAUCAGUCCACGCCUCGCCCCACGACCAUACCACAGCAGCAACAUCGAGCAGCGGAACAAACAAGAACCGGAGCAUCGUGGCAAUUCACAAACAGCGACGUCUGCGGCAGACGUUCACUCAUCGUCCUCCUGCACAGGCAAAGGCGGGCAGCAGCAGCUGCUGCUGCUGCUGCUCGUCGUGCGGUGAGAGCUUUCGCUGCCGCGAUGAUGGAGGUGGAGGAUCUGGGCACGGAGCAGAAGUUCCAAGCGGAAGAGUAUGCGGCGGAGGCGAUGGCAGCCGACAUGGAUCCGUGGGAGACGUUCAACUCGCUCAAGAGGCCACUCGGUACACUGGACGCCUGGCUUGACACGAACCGCCCCUCGGUCGUCAUCCGCCACGGAGAUGCCAGCAAGGGCUUGGAGCCCGUGGGCUGGAUCUGCGUACAGGGCCCCGCUGCUUCCCAUCGAGCGAGGCACAUGGACGUGUGCGGGCUGCAGGAGGCCUGGGAGCAGCUGACCAGCUGCAGCGAGCACAUCACAUUCGGCAUGGUGCGCAGGCUGGCCCUCGACCACGGCUGCCUCGUUGGGAAGUGGCUCAUCCACAUGGAGUCUGGCUUUAAGGUGGACCACGCCUGGCGGGGCCUGGCCAAGGCGGUAGCCGAGGGAUUAAUUCCGAUGGCCAAGGUGAGCCCGCACGACCCCAGCGGCAAGGAGAGCAAGCACGUGAUCUGCGUCUACAGCCGCGACUUCACGCGCGAGGACGACGUCUACGCACUGGACACCGCCAUCCGUGCCACGGGCGUCAAGGCACGGAUGACGUACAAGCCGGAUGUGUACACCUACCUGGGCAUCUACCGCAACAACCGCUGGGGUCUCUGCCCAACCAUCUACGACAGCAAAUUUGACCUGGAGAGCACGCCGCGCCGUUCGCGCAUCACGCGCAAGUUCAGCGACGAGUGAGGUGGAUCCUGCGGAAUUUGUAAGACGAUUUGAGGAAGUGAAAUGGAGGCUAAAACUUUUUCCUUGUAACUUUGUAUCAUGAAAUGCUUCCUGGCGAUAUGGGAGGGUGGAACGAUGCUUUGUCAGUUUCAGUUGCCCCAACGUUUGAUUUGAGGCCCCACUCUUUUGAGUUUGUGGGGUUUUCAACCCUCAAAUACAGUUUUGUGCAGUUUUGAAAAGACUAUUAAAUGUCUGAGCUGGUAAUUUAAUAGUCAAAUGUUCACCAGCAUUGAGGGUGUGGCUUCAGAUGUAGGUAAUGAAGUUCAGCACCAAAGCGCUAUUUAUUUUUGCAUAUUAAUGCUAUUAGUUCUAUGUACUGAGGAACUUAAAUGCCAUGGAUUUAUUACAAUGUUUUUGUUUUUAUCGUGGCUUUAUCCACAAGGUGGGGCUACAUUGCCGCCACUGCUCGCCAAUAAGCGGACUGGAACCUUCCAUCACCAACAUGAUACAAUUUUGAAAUUAUCAUCUUUUGAGUUUUUAUUUAAGGAUGACUACUUUGAGAUACUUUACAAGAUAUUACUACAGUAAACGAAUCGCAGUGGCUGAUAUGUUGCACGGCGAUGUGUGUAAUUAAAAGUUUGCAUUAUCAUUUUGUGUUCAAGUCAUUUUUGAUGCAAUAAAAAUGGGUAAUGAAUUUGACAAAUUGCCUCUAUCGUAACGCCAGAACGUCAUUCUAUAGCCGAGGGAGAGGGGCGCGUGUGACAGCUGGAAAAUAACAAAACAUCGUUUUAAAAAAAUACACGCGGGGGCUACUCGCCAUGUGCUGGGAAACCAAAGAAACCGAGGCACGGCCGUUUACAUUUCCUAUAACGCAUUAGGCCCCCCGCGCGUGCUGGGGGGCGGGGUGCGGCUCCUCAUUGGUCGGAGCGGCGUUCGCCAAAGCCGGGGCCCACCAAUAGCGGCGAGGGUCAUUGGGGAGGCGGGCGCGUGCGUGC